GAUGCUAGUACUUGUUAUCAUUAGACUUCUUUCAGAACCGCGUACAUGAUUCGCUGGACGCUCUCUUUCCGACCUAAGAGCUUGAUAGCACCACAAAAGGCUAGAUACGCUCCGAACCCAUGCUUCACUUGUCCUUCAAAGUGUCCACUGCUAUUCACCCUUCUGCAAAGUCCAGGGUACUCGUCCUCGGAGCGGGAAACUUUGGAAGUUGUCUCGCAGACCAUCUCGGCGAUUCUGAUCACGACGUUUACAUAUGGUCUCGCGAUGAAACUGUCGUUCAGUAUUUUAAUUUGCAUCAUCGCAAUCCAGGAUAUCUGAAGGACCACCUGUUCUCUUCGAACAUCCAAGCUGUGGGGCCAGAUAUCCCAGACCGCAAUCUGAUUCAGGAAAUGGAUGUGCUGCUGUUUGCUAUUCCCACUCAGGGCCUGAGAGAUACGCUCAGCGCGUUGCGUCCAAAGAUCGACUCGCACAAGUUACCUCUUCUGAUUUUUGUGAACAAAGGUAUAGAGACUGGUACGCAGGCACUGACACUGGAGAUUAUCGCAGACACAUGUGGAGGUGAGGUAGCGAGGUCAGCUACAUUCAUAUCAGGACCGUCGUUUGCAAAGGAAAUUGUCCGACGACAACCCACGUCAGUGUCUGUAGCUUCUUUGUGUGAAGCGCAGGCGAAGAAGGCGUCUGAGCUGUUCCAUCAACCGUGGUUUCGUUGCUACACAGGUGGAGACCCGAUUGGGCUGGAAUUAGCUGGUGCGCUGAAGAAUGUAUACGCGAUUGCGGCAGGAAUGUCUGAUGGAUUAGGAUUUGAAAAUAACACACGAGCUAGUCUUAUUACAAGAGGGCUUUCGGAAAUGACCCGGAUUGGGACUGCCUAUGGGGCAUCACCGCUGACGUUUUUAGGCCUGGCAGGAGUAGGAGACUUGUUCCUAACGUGUAGUUCGUCGAGCAGUCGGAACUACACUGUAGGAUAUCGACUAGGGAAGGGAGAGUCGUUAGAGACGAUCAUCAAGACGUUGGGAAGUGUGGCGGAGGGUGUGACUACGGCGAAGGGGCUGAAGAAGAUAAUUGAUGAACUGGGAGUUGAUGCGCCAAUUGCGAAUGGGAUAUACCAGGUGCUAUAUGAAGGGAAACGAGUGCAAGAGGGAGUGCAAGAAUUGAUGAGUCGGCCUCCGUCGCGUGAACUUGAUCUACCUGAAACGACAGGAGGGCCGGCGCAACGACUCUUGGGGAAACUGAGAAGUAGCAAGUAGAUAGGGAUGAUGCGAACACGUGAUGUAGCACGUGAGAUUAGAUAAUGAACU